CAAAGUCAGAACAGCCGCAGGACACACCGACACAUCGGCACAUGACCAGGCACUGACUCCUGUGAGAUUUCCACCAGGGACUGUGAGGAGCUUCAUCAUGGCAUACGGCAAGAUCCUUCACCAGCCUGAGGGUUGCUUCAUUAAUGUCAACGUUGGAGGUUUCAAGCAGCGAAUGGACCUCACCGUCCUGAAACGAUUCCCACAGACACGGCUGGCUCGUCUUCUGUGCUGCAGAUCCAAAGAAGCUAUCCUGGAGCUCUGUGAUGACUUCAGUCCCUCUGAAAUGGAAUACUACUUUGACCGCAACCCAAGUUUUUUCUGUUACGUUCUCAACUUUUAUCUUACAGGGAAAAUCCACCUGGUCGACGGGCUAUGUGUGGUCUCAUUCUUCCAAGAAAUUGAAUAUUGGGGAAUCAAGGAACGUCACCUGGACUUCUGCUGCAGCACCAAGUUCCACGACCUGAUGGAUCUUGCUGAGGAUGGAAUCUGGGAUCAGAGGAGCGACGAGGUGCAGCUCAACAGCUCUGGCUCUUCUAUUACUGAACUGUCUGUUUUGGAGGAUGACGAACAAAUGUUUGAAGGCUCCUGGUGUGCAAAUGUCCGCCGGAGUGUUUGGAUUCGUCUUGAGAAUCCCGGUUUCUCCACAUCAGCCAAAGUUAUGGCUGUAGCAUCCCUCGCUGUAGUCAUCACCUCCAUCGUGGCCAUGUGUGUUCACAGCAUGCCGGACUUCCAUCAGGUGGAUCCUGCUGAAAAAAAAAUAGAAAAUCCGGUGCUGACGUUUUUCGAGAGCCUGUGCGUCGUGUUUUUCUCUGCAGAGUUUAUUCUUCGCUUAGUUGUUUCACCAUCAGCCAGGAAGUUCAUGUGCAGCCCUCUCAACAUUAUCGAUCUAUUGUCAGUCAUGCCCUUCUAUGUCACUAUCCUGUGUGACAUAAUGAACGAGGGUGAGAGCACAGACCUGGAGAAUGUUGGCAAAGUUGUGCAGAUUUUGAGGUUGAUGCGAGUGUUUCGUGUUUUAAAACUGGCUCGUCACUCAGCUGGCCUUCGCUCUCUUGGCGCCACCUUACGGCACAGCUCCCGUGAAGUGGGGCUGCUGGUGCUUUUCCUGUCUGUGGGCAUUUCCGUUUUUUCCUCCCUCAUUUACUGUGUGGAGAAAGACUCUCAAGAGUCUGAGUUGCAGACUAUCCCUAUUGGCUGGUGGUGGGCCACCAUUAGUAUGACGACAGUCGGCUACGGAGACACUUUACCUGUUACUUUGGCUGGGAAGCUCAUAGGGACUGUGUGCAUCAUCUGUGGGCUGCUGAUCGUGGCUCUGCCCAUUACUAACAUCUUUAACAAGUUCUCCAAGUUCUACCAGAAGCAAAGACACUUAGAGCUCAAGCCAAGCAAUAACUACACCCUCUCCAGCAUGCACAACUAAAGAACAGCAUCUAAAGAAGUCUUACCCCUAUAGUCUCAUUCAUGAUUUACCUUUACAAGAGAUUAAAUCGGCAGGUUUAAGAUUUCUUCAUCGUC